AUGCUGCAAGGCAUCACUGGGAAGGAGGCAGGGAUGCAGAGAGAGAUUGCACAGCUCUGCCGGAGACGCUAUGAGAAAGGAAAGUGGGAGAAAGAGUGGUUGGAAGGAGGCAUGGGGGAGAAGGAGAGGAGGACUGAGGCCCAUCUGGAAAGGCGGGUAGAGACACAGUCCUGUAGGAGGUGGCACCCUGCAGCCGAUUGGGGAUACGCCGACCAGGAAAGGGGGCUGGUGGACAGGCAAGCCAUAGAUGUUCAUUGUAUCCACAGCGCACCAGCAGCCCCCUGGGUGGUACUGGGUGGAAUCCACAUUCUGGUCACAGGCUCCACUUUAAGAACCACUACACUAACAGAUUCGCUCAAAGUCACGGACGACUUGGGGACAUUUUCAAUUUGGUCUGAGAGCGGAGGACGGGAGCGAAAUGUAAUUCCAGACCACUUAGCUAACGAUCGUAAUGAUGAAUCGAAAGACAUGACAGGGGUCUCUGGCGGUGCUCCAGGGGCGGGCCACGCCCCCGCCGCGGGUCAGGUGCCCCGGCGGAGGUCUGUCACACCUGCAGCCAAGCGCCACCAAUGCCCCUUUCCUGGCUGCACCAAAGCCUAUUAUAAGUCGUCGCACCUCAAGUCCCACCAGCGUACCCACACGGGUGAGCGCCCGUUCUCCUGCGACUGGCUCGACUGCGACAAGAAGUUCACGCGUUCCGACGAGCUGGCCCGCCACUACAGGACGCACACGGGCGAGAAGCGUUUCUCCUGUCCCCUCUGCCCCAAGCAGUUCUCCCGGAGCGACCACCUGACCAAGCACGCCCGCCGCCACCCAACCUAUCACCCCGACAUGAUCGAGUAUCGGGGGCGUCGUCGCACUCCGCGAGUCGACCCGCAGUCCGCCAGCCUGGUGGAAAGCUCCGGCUCCGGUUCUGGUCCUGGCCAGGCUCCCAGCCUCACCACCUGCCUGUAGGACAGUUAUUGCUGUUGAUCGUCCCCUCAAGGACGGUUCCCCAAUUGGUUGUCCCUGCCCUCACUCUGCCCUUCCCUCUCCCAGAGUCAUUUAAACCAAGGCACAGACUGGGUCCUUCGCUUUGAGGGUGGAUCCAGGCAGUCGUGUUGGACUCUGGGGAGGGACUGGGGGCCAGAAAAUAGCAAGUAUUCUUGCAACACAUAUAUCACCCUAAAAGGGAAAUUGCCUCAAGACAGUCUCCAGGAACUGGUGAGAAGGGAUGAACUCUGGUACUCUGCAGAGUACUGAAGAUUCUCCCCUUCCUGGAACCAGAGAUGUGAAACUGGAAUUCUCAGAUGCCUGAGGAGCUCCCAGUCUCAAAAGACUCUGGUCACCCACCCAACCAGGGCGGACCUUGGAGAGGGUGUCAGGGGUGGCAGUCCUGGAAAUGUCCAGAACUGGGAUGAU